CUGUGAGACAGCACCGCAAAAGACUAGCUAAUGGUAAGCCAAGUAUCGGCUAAAUGACCGUGUUUACAUGCUGUUAUAUAAAGAGUAAGAUUAAUUACAUGAUUAAUGGGUAAAUAAUGUAUCUAUGUUGUCCUACUGUAGUCUAGCUACAAUGUAACGGUAACAUUAGCUGUCUUGCUAUCGUCUGUGUUGUGUCUCAGCAUCUCAGCCCGUCUAGGAGCAGCUCCUUUUUCUGUCUGGCAGCAACCCCUUGAUGGAGCUGACGUUACUAACCAGCAUGAGGUGGCAGUCAAUCCGCUAACAUGGAAAAGUACGAAAAGGUGAAGAAAAUAGGGGAAGGUUCAUUUGGAAAAGCCAUCCUUGUGAAAUCCAAACAGGAUGGGCACCAAUACGUCAUCAAGGAGAUUGGCAUAUCUGGAAUGUCAAGUAAAGAGAGGCAGGAAUCUCGGAAAGAAGUUGCUGUUCUUGCCAACAUGAGUCAUCCCAACAUUGUGCAGUAUAAAGAAUCUUUUGAAGAGGGGGGAUGCCUGUAUAUUGUGAUGGAUUACUGUGAGGGUGGAGACCUCUUCAAGACGAUCAACUCUCAGAAAGGAGUACUGUUCUCAGAAGAGCAAAUCCUGGAUUGGUUUGUGCAGAUUUGCCUUGCACUAAAGCACGUCCAUGACAGAAAAAUCCUCCACAGAGACAUCAAAUCACAGAACAUAUUUUUGACCAAAGAUGGGACUGUACAGCUUGGGGACUUUGGAAUCGCAAGGGUGCUGAACAGCACUGUAGAACUGGCAAGAACAUGCAUAGGAACGCCAUAUUACCUUUCACCAGAGAUCUGUGAAAAUAAACCAUACAACAACAAAAGUGAUAUUUGGGCCUUAGGCUGUGUCCUUUAUGAAAUGUGCACUCUUAAGCAUGCAUUUGAGGCUGGCAAUAUGAAGAACCUAGUUCUGAAGAUCAUCCGUGGCUCAUACCCUCCAGUGUCUGUUCACUACUCCCAAGACCUGCGUUUUCUCUUGGCACAGCUGUUUAAGCGCAAUCCCAGAGAGAGACCGUCAGUCAGCAGCGUACUGGACAAACCCUUCCUCUCCUGUAGGAUACAGAGGUUCCUCUCGCCACAGGUGGAGAGCACAGUUAGUUGUCUUAGGAGAAAUGAAUAAAUUACAACACAUUCUUUCUUUUUCCUUUUCCCCCUUGUGUGACCAGCCAAGCGUCCUGCCCCUGGCUCCAUACCACUCGCUCCUGCCCAGAAGAUAACAAAACCAGCCACCAAAUAUGGAGUGCCUUUAACUGUGAGGAAGGUGUCAGAUGCAGCCAAAAAGCCCGCAGAGAGGAAACCAGCCAUCAAACAUAAACCGGCCCCUCUCCCAGCAGCCCCCCAGAGAAGAGUGAGUCAAGUGGAGGAAGAGAGGAAAAAAAAAGAGGAUGGCAUCAGGAAGAAAAGGAUGGAGCUGAUUGAGAAAGAAAGGAAACAGAGAGAGCAGAUGUUCCUGUUGAAAGCAGAGCAAAUGAAGAGAUAUGAAAAAGAAAAGAUUAAUCGAAUAAACCAAGCCAGAGAGCAAGGCUGGAAGCAUGUCUUGAGCUCUAGUGGAGGUAGUAGCCCAGAGAGAAAGUGUUUUGUAGGUGGAAAGAGGGGUGCAGGUGCUGGCCCUUGUCCUGUCUCAAGCUCCAUUCAUGGUCCCUCUUCAGCCCUGGUCCCAAGCAAAAGCCCAUAUGAACACUACCAUGCUGCUCUUGACCAAAUGUCUAAACCACACUCUAAAGAUGUCAGCAGGGAGGGACCCUCAGCAGGAGGAGACAGUUACAUGCGUGUACCGGCUGCUGCUGGCCCAGUGCUGCCCAAUGGCCCUUCUCGGCUCCUUAACUCUGAUGCAAUCAAGAGAGAGCUACAGAGGCUGCAGCACGUUUCCAAACAAGCCCACAUCAGUAGGCAGCGUAGUCACAUGGGUGGUGAACGGGCCUAUCAAGUCGAGGAGUUUUUACAGCGUAAGAGAGAAGCCAUGCUCAACAAAGUGCGUGCUGAGGGACAGCUGGGUACUCGGCAAAACUUGACAGCAGUCUAUGGAAGCCGGACUGGUACGAUUCGGUGCAGGAGACCCAACAAAGCCAACAAAGAGGAGGAGGAGUACUUGGCAAGACUGAGGCAGAUCCGCUUGCAGAACUUCAAUGAGCGUCAGCAGAUCAAAGCCCGACUCAGAGGAGAGAAGUAUGACAGUGAUGGCUCUGACAGCCAGGAGUCCAGCGAGGAGGCGGAACUCAGGAGGAAGAAGAUAGAGGCAUUAAAAGCCCAAGCAAAUGCGCGUGCUGCUGUACUGAAAGAGCAGCUGGAGAAGAAGAGGAGAGAAGCACAGGACAGAGAAAAGAGAGCUUGGGAGGAUCAUCUUGCAGCUCGGGGGGUGAAGGUUGGCAUAGCAGCAGGAAACAUAGCAGUGGCGGCAGCAGCAGCAGUAGCAGUAUCAACUACCUCUGACAGUCCUCUUCCACAGCCCAGUCCCUCUCAGCCAGACCCAGCUGCCAAAGCUCCGGCCCUGCCUGUACCUGAACCCUCCACCCCUGCUAUAUCCAUGACUGCUGCCCUGAAGAAUGUUGGAGCAAUUUCUUCACUAAAAGAGAACUUGCCAGAGCCAGAGACUGCUGUCGGCAUCCAGUGUGAGAAAAAGCAGAUUCUGCGCAGACUUAACCAGAACCUAAAAGCCCAGAGUCCAGUGGAGGAGGCGGAGGAGAUAUAUCCACCCACUGCAGAACCAAGUCCUGCUCCCCAGCAGACCCAGUCUGACACAGAGAAACGACCUUCUUCCAACGGAGACCGGAAGAAGUGGGAUGCAGCAGAACUGCCUGUACUUCCUGUGGCACAGCAAACACUAGAGGAAACUUGUGCGACCAUAACUACCAUCUCAGUGUCUCCAGAAGAAAGGCCGUCAUCUGGUGGAGACAGGAAGAAGUGGGAGGCAGGAGUUCCUCUUGUCCUCUCUGAGGCCCAACAAACUCUAGAGGACACAUGCAUUAGGACCAUUGAGCAAACAGUGGGUGAAGUUAUACAGAUGGGCGUGCUACAGGUCGAAGCUCCGAGGAAGGCGUGGGGAAUCAAUCCAGACUCUCAGGUACUGAGAGUACUUCAGGAGGCAGAAGUUCAGCCUCUCACCCAGCAGCUGGAGAAUGUCAGCAUCUGUGAGGAGGAGUUUUCCAGCCCUGAUAAGCCUGACCAGACGCUGACAGCUGAGGUGGUGAGGAUGCCUGAAGAACUGCCCUCUCAGCCCAGGCCGUCGACUGUGUUUCAGAGUCCAGAGGUUCAGAAGGAGAGUGCAGUUACGACGGACGCCUCAGUUCAGCAAAUGUCAGUGGUCAGUGCAGAUGAAAGAGUGACACUGCCAACCAACCUUACUGAGACUCAGGAUCCAGCAGACAUGGAGUCAGUGGUUUUGGAAGACAACCUUAAACAGGCUUCCCGUCCACCAACUGGUGUGCAGCAGGCAUGGGAGAAGGAAGCCCAACCGCCAAUGCCACCAGGGGGCAUCACAAGACCAGCAGGCACCAAGGAGGUUGAGAAGAGUGCAGAGAAACCAACAGAAUCAUCUGGAGUAGCACAGUGCGAGGAGCCCCUGUUUAUGAAAUUGUGUUCCCCGGCCCACCGACGCGCUGCUGCCCUUGCCAUUCUAUCAGCCCAGUCCUCCAUGGAUGAAUCAUCCUCCUCUCUGGCCUCUCGUUCCCGCUCCGUCUCACCUCUGCGCUCCAAACACCACAACGCCCUCCUCAUUGGUCUCUCCACGGGCAUGUUUGACGCCAACAAUCCUAAGAUGCUGCGGACAUGCUCUCUUCCAGACCUCAGUCGUAUCUUCAGCUCUCAGCAGGACUCUGCUGUGACUGCGGAGGCUAACGUCGCCCCGGACAACAACCUGGAAAUAGAGGACCUGGAUGAGGCAGCUAAAGAUGACGACCAGUCAGAGGCCGAGGAUGCAUAUGAGGAUGAAGACCUCCGGGACAUCAGAGCCUCCAUGGAGAGAUUGCUGCAAGAAGAGGGCGACUUAAUGAGGAGCCCUCCAGAGGUCGGAGCUGGAGACUUUAAUGGGAACCCUCCAGAGGGCGAAGAUCAAGAGCUUUUCAACAGGAUCGCAGCUGAGAUCGAGCAGGAAAACAAUCAGAUGGCUGUGGACGAUGACGACGAGGACGAAGACGAGGAGGAGGAAGAGGGCGAGGAGGAGGAGGAGGAGGAUGAUGAGGAUGAGGAAUGCUCUAAUGGGAGUCCUGGUGAUGAGGAAGCGGGGGAGUUGCUUAGCAAUGGUGUGGGAGAAGAGAACCACAGUAAUAACAGCCAGCUCAAUGAAGAGUGGCAUUCAGAUGGCAGUGGAGAAGAACAGGUGGGAGAGGCCGAGCAUCAUGACAGCAUCUUCAGUCGCCUGGAAGAGCUUCGCUUCAACCUGGAGCAGCAGAUGGGCUUUGAGAAGUUUAUUGAGGCCUACAAUAAAAUUAAGGCUAUACAUGAAGAUGAGGAUGAGAAUAUUGACCUGGGCUCCAGCUUGGUCUUGAGCAUUUUGGGAACUGAGCACCAGCAUCUCUAUCCAAACAUCCUUCAUCUAGUGAUGGCAGAUGGCGCAUACCAAGAAGAUAAUGAUGAAUAAUGUUUCGUGCAGUGGAGCUGCUGGCAGCUAUGACAAUCUGCUAGCUAUCUGAUGUCUUCCCAUGACGCACAUCAUCGGCAGAAGGAUCUAUGCAUGAAGUGUCGCAGCCAUGCAUCUAACAGUGUUUCAGGCACACUUGCAUGAUGAAUAGCUAGUACACUUGAGGCUGCUUUCCAUACUUUGACUAUCAGCACCUGACACUGUUUCCAUGCCGGUGUUCAUUCAAAAGUGCAUUACCAAGUAUGUGUUCUUAUUGAAAAAAAAAAAAAAGAAAAAAGUUUAACUUCAAAGUUCUGUUCAACGUUCAUGUCAGUGUCUGUAAAUGAUUGAAAACACGUGUUGUCUCGCUAAUUAAUAGCAUAUAAACCCUGUUGUGGUUCACUUAAAACUCCACAGUGGCAUUUGAUUUUCAGUGGGAAAAGAUCUGGUCCUCUCAGGUGCUCUCUUUCUAACUGUCACACCCUCAAACACAGCUUCAGUAGAUAAACCAGGUCACCCCAAAAACAAAUGUACCACGAGUACUCCUAACCGGUCGAACCUCCUUUUUUCUUACAACUCUUUACACCAAACAGGAAGUGAAAUAUUAUCUAAAACAUUUUCCACAUUUCUUACUGUUACAGUUAAUCCAAAGGGAAGAUUUUUGUGAGGCUGCUUUACGUUGCCAAGAUACUGUAGCAAGACUGUGGCAUUAGAGUGGUGGGUGGGAUGCAGUGGGCCAGGUCAGGCUUGUGUUCAAUGCAGAGAGUUGCAAUUAUGAUGUAAGCAAUGGUACAGAUAAGUUAACAAUAAGUCAUGUUUGAUAAUAAAAUGAAAAUUGUAAAUCUUUAUAUGAAUAAACACCUUU